UCACUAAACCACCAGAUAAGUUUUUUUAUUUAUGUUGUUGGCUGACCUGUUAGUGAACUCGACGUCAUGUGACAUUUGCGUUCUGUCAAAUUAUUCAUAACUGUCCUUUGUUGUGGGUUGUGGGUGCAUAACAAAAGUGUUGCAAUUUUUAUGCAUAUUCUUCGUGACUGAAAGCAUAACAUUUGCGUAAAUGUGCACCUAGCGCAUCUUUACAACCAUCUUUCACGUGGUGCCAUAGUCGCAUACCAAAAUGUACGAUCUUUGAGUGACAAACAGAAAUUCGUUCGAGCAUAAACAGAACGCCCUAUGUGCGUGAAGUAGUCUCAAUUCCGGUUAUUUACACCCACGUUCUAGCAAAAUGUACAGCCAUCAUUCUGGAUACAGAAGAGAAUACAGGCGACCGCCUUCAAGCAAUUUCACAUAUGUUAGCCCUUGCGUUAAAUAUCUGAUAUUCAUUCUGAACUUCGUUUUUUGGUUAUUUGGAGGAUUGCUGAUUGGCAUUGGUCUCUAUGCAUUUGUUGACAAAUGGCAAUUGACUGGAUGGGUAAAAUUGGAAAAUGUCUACGAUGUGAUUCUAAAUAUAUCUUUGGUUAUGGUGAUAAUGGGAGGAGUAGUGUUUAUCGUAAGCUUUGCCGGCUGUGUAGGAGCACUUAGAGAGAAUACCUGUUUGCUCAAGUUUUAUUCUCUCUGUCUCCUGAUAUUCUUUUUGUUGGAGAUGGGAAUCGCGAUAGUUGGAUUUAUAUUCCCACACUCAAUGCAGUCAGUUUUGGAGGAGAAUUUCACAGAUAACAUAAUUCGUACUUAUAGGGAUGAUCCUGAUCUACAAAACUUCAUUGAUUUUGCACAACAAGAGUUUCGUUGCUGUGGUUUGAGUAAUGAUGGAUUUCUGGAUUGGUCGAAGAAUGAAUAUUUCAACUGCAGUUCACCAAGCGUUGAACACUGUGGUGUGCCAUUUUCUUGCUGUAUAAACGCCACAGAUCUUAGCUCAAGAUUAGUGAACAUCAUGUGUGGCUAUGGGGUGCAAACCCUUUCGGUGGCUGAGGCUAGCAAGAAAGUGUGGACAUCAGGCUGCAUAGACAUAGUGCGUUCGUGGGCAGAACGCAACCUGUAUACCAUCGCGGGCAUAGCACUGGCGGUAGCGUUAUCCCAGCUGUUCGUCAUCUAUCUAGCAAAGACCCUGGAGGGACAGAUAGAUCUGCAGAAAUCGCGGUGGGCUAGUUGAAACAUAGGAAAGGUCUGUAGGUAUGAGGUGUUGCCAUUCUAAGCGACCAUAGCGUCUACUUUUACUCCCAUACAGUCGUACGGUCGGUAUGGUAACCUCGGCUUACAGUGAAGCUUUUUUUUACGGUCUGGAAACUGACCUCAAGCUUGUCACUGCAGUCGCCCACAGUUUGACAAAGUGAUUUUCCCAAAAUUAAAAUGAAUUCGGCUACGGGAAUGUAUUCUUAGCUUGAAAACCUUGGGAUGAAGAAUUAUGAAAUGGGUGAUAUUUUCAAAACAUUUUUUGAAUUUUGAACUAAAGGAGGUAUUGCUCAUAAUGUGCUUCUCUGGAAUAAGAUGACUGAAGAAAUGCACCGAAAAAGUGACUGUAUGGGUGUACACCGUAUUUGGUCAAGUAUCUAUCUCUCUCUAAUUGUGUGUCGGCUAAGGUAGUUGUUGAAAUUUUGGUGGUGGAUCUGAGUGGCGUUCCUCCUUAAAGUGAUUAUAGUUAGUAUUUAUAGACUUAUACAAGAAAAAAGUAUGGAAACAUCAGAAAAAUGGUGAACAAAGUUGUAAGGUUUAUCGUCUAUUGAUGACCUUGACAAUUUAUUCAAGAUCAUUUAAAGGUUAAAAGUGCGUUCUUAUAUGGAGACCUCUAUUUUUGACAGCUGAAACGCAAAAAGGGACAUUUUGCAUUCAAGUAAGACCUUAAAACUUUCGAGGCCAUUGCAUGCAGGAGGUAUGGAAAUGACAAAAUAUCUCGAAAAAUAUCCUUCCCAGAGAAUAAUGUUGCAGAACAAAGUUGUGACGUGACAUGGUUUCACAAAAGUUUCCUCUAUGAAAUAUAUUUUUCGACAUUACUUGAUGUUUUCAUACUCUCUGGGCACCCUAUAUGUUUCUUUUUCUGUCAAUUCAUCCAACUGCUUGAUGAAAUCGAUGAUGUCGCAGAUACUACUUCGUCGUGUAGAUUUUUGAUAAUGGUCAAUUUUUCUUCUAGUUCGUUUGUUAAAUUCUCGUAUCAUUAUGGCAGGUACAUUGAAAAAAGCAAAAUAACCCAGCACUUCAUCUGUCAUUAGGACAGGUUUAAAGUAUCAAAAAUGGAUACGACAUCAAAGGGGCCAUGAGAAAAAGUAACCAUUAUUGCAGCUCAUCUAUUUCACUGUUGCAGUGGUCGAUUCUGAUAAUAGAUGGCGCUUUGUGCUGUCUUGUUUCAAUAGACAGUAUAUAUUUCAUAUUGAAGAGCUUUUGGAGGGUGUCAUAAUCAGUAACAUGUUCCACCGGCAUAAGUUUGAUGGCAACCAUAGUUCUCUGCCAAGAAAUGUGUUUUCGUGAUUGCCCUCGUUUUGAUGGCUCAUGUUUGAUGUAGUCUAAUGGUAGAAUAUCCUUCAACGUUGGUGAUACUUACUUGAGUAUAAACUGUGGCAUAGUCUAAGUUUGUUCUUCUUUGGAAUGUGCAUUAUUGAAAACGAUUCGUUCUUGUAUCCUGUAUUUUUUUUGUGGACGAAAUUUUUUGAUUUUAUUUGGCAUUAAAUUAAUAGCCAUAUGAUAACACUGUGUGUGCAUUACAAAAUUAUAUUUAUAUACAGGCUGUUAUUUAAGUAUGUCCCAUAAAUUUAACAGAGGAUUCUUUGAGUAAUUUCAAGACUAUAUAAACAUAGGUACGAAAAUUCUUCGUUCUCAAGAUACAGGGUGAUAAAUUAAAAAAAUGGUUUUUCGUAAAUAUCUUAAAUAUCCUUUACCUAAUUUUGUGGUAAUUGUAACAUUAAGGGUUUAAUUUAGCCCUGAAUUGAUAAAAUUUAGUCCAGUGCCGUUUCGAGCGGGCUAUGAACGAAUAUUCACGACCAAAAAAAUGUACGCCGCUGUCUUUUUUAUUUGUUGUUACAUA